AUGUGUAAUGAACUGGGUCCUGUAACAGUUUUUAAUGAAGACAUGGAUGAAAUCACUUAUGAAGCAGAAUUCAGUGUGAAGAAGAUCUAUGAGAUGCAGCUGGAAGAUGCAGAAAUACUUACUUUUCAGAAGUUCUUAUGGAAAAAGCAGGUACCUACUAAGGUCAGUUUCCUUUUAUGGGCUUACAUGCAUAAUUCCACUCCAACUCUUACUAUGCUUAGCCAUAGAGGUGUUGAAGUUGCUUCAGAUAGAUGCCACUUCUGUCAGACUGAGGUGGAAGAUGCUGAUCAUAUUUUUGUGAACUGUAAGUAUACUUAUGAGAUCUGGAUGGAGUUCUUAAGAACUUUUAGAAUGCAAUGGGUGAUGCCUUUUACAUUACAGAGUUUAUUUGAGAUGUGGAGUCAGUGUAAGCUCAGAGGCAGGUGUAGGGAUGUUUGGGAGAGGAUACAUUAUGUUAUCAUUUGGCACAUUUUACAGCAAAGAAAUGAUAGAGCUUUUGGUGCUAGACACAAGACUGUGUCUGAAUUAGUACUGCUUAUUAAACAUGAUGUUGUCCUUUGGCUUCAUGAUAAGGAAACAUUUAUACCUAUUCCCGUUGCCUAUUUUGUUUAA